AUGCUUUCGGAACCCCCUCGUUCAUCUGUGAAACUCCCGGUACUCAGUCUUCCUCCAGAUGUGCCGUCCCCGAUUUCCUCGCUGUCAUUGACUAGCAAACCGCAUUACAUUCUACCGCCUCCAGUCACCAAAAACACGGGACCGGCAUCCUCCAAUCUCCUCCCCUACACGCUUUCGAAGAGUCCGGAGAGCAGAGAUACAUCACCUACUGAUAAGCCUGAGUCCGCGAUGUCUUCCACGCCUGAACCUAAGGCUGACGAGGAAAUUAAACGCGAGAAGCCUGAAACCGGCAGGGAAAAACGCAAGCGAGGACGACCUCGCAAAUUUCCACCUCCUCAGCCAGAUGUACCUUCGGAAAAACGCAAGCGUGGAAGACCAAGGUUACCGCCGUUGGAAGAGAGGGAGAAGUCGAAGUACAUCAAAAAAAAGAAGCCUGACCAAAAGGAUGACAAAAACGGGAAAACUGGAUCCCAAGGUAUGCAGAUCCCAGAGUACUCGUUCCAACUGAAUGAGACUGCUACUUUUUGA